AUGUCAAAUAACAGUAAUAAUAACAUCAAAACAUAUUAUAUAAUUGGAAUAAUAACUUUAAUAUUUAUAGUGUCAGCAGUUAUAAAGAAUCAAUUAUCGUCAUCAAAUCAAGAACAACAAGAAGAAGAAGAAGAAACAGAUAGCAUGGGAAAAUCAAAAGGAAGAGGUAAUAAAAAAGGAAAGAAACCAGAAAAGAUACAGGAGAAAAAAUUAGAUAAUCAUUUAAAAAAUCUUGAAAAGGUAAAAUUACAAGAAGAUUUUAAACUUCAACAAGAUGAAAAACAACAACUAAAAAAAGAAGAAACAAUACUUGUGGAAAAACAAGAAAUAGUUGUGGAUGAGUUGAAAAAUAAAAAGGAUGAAGAAAAACAACAACAACAACAAGAAGAAGAUCAACAACAACAACAACAACAACAACAAGAGGAAGAAGAAGAAGAAGAGGAACAACAGGAAAUAGAAGAGGAUGAAGAAGAAGAAGAAGGACAAGAGCAGGAGGAAGAAGAAGAACAACAGGAAAUAGAAGAGGGUGAAGAGGAACAACAAGAAGAAGAGCAAGAAGAAGAGCAAUUUAGUAUGUUUGGUGUUUCAAUUGAAAGAUUAAUGGAUUUCCAACGUCAAGAGGACGAAAAUGAGGGAAGUGAUGAAGUUGAGGAAUCUUCAAAAGUUCCAAUAGUUUUAAGUUUCAUGUUAGAUAGAAUAAAAAAUUUAAAUGGAUUUAAAACAGAAGGAUUAUUUAGAGUUAAUGGUAAUUUAAAAUUAGUUGAACAGUUAGCAACGGAAGGAUUUGACCCAUUCAGUGAUGAUUUAGAUCCAAAUGUUAAUACAUGGGCAUCAUUAUUAAAGAAAUGGAUAAGAGAUUUACCAGAACCAUUAAUACCACAUGAAUUAAAUCCAAUAAUUUUAGAUUUUUGUACAAAUAAUAAUAUUAAUAAUACCUGUAAUAAUAAUAAUGAUAAUAAUAAUAAUAAUAAUUUUAAUGUUUGUGCUAGUACUAAUAAUUUAGGAAAUGUUUUAAAUCUUAGUACUAACAUAUGUAAUAAUAAUAAUAAUAAUAAUAAUAAUAAUAAUAAUAAUAAUAAUAAUAAUAAUAAUAAUGAUAACAAUAAUAAUAAUAAUGAAAGUAUUGAAAAGAAAAUAACAAAUAUUAUAAAUAUGAUUAAAUCAGAUGAUCAUAGAAAUGUAUUAUAUAAAAUUGGUGAGUUUUUUGGAGAGAUGUUACAAGAAGAAACAGUUUUAAUCACAAAAAUUAAUGUUGAAAGUUUAUCAAAGAUAUUAACACCAUCACUAUUUAAACCAAAUAAUAUUAUUGAUGAUUUUUCAAACGGUUCUUUAAAUGGUAGUGGUAAUCAAAUACCGAAAUAUCUUACAACUUUAGAUUUACCUUCAAUACUCUUAAAACAAAAAAAAGAAAUUGCUUUUGUUUCUUGUUUAUUAAAUUAUUUUAAAGAUGAAUAUUCAAAAAAAUUACAAGAACAAAAUGAUCAAGAAGAAGAUAAUCAAGAGGAAGAAAAAGAUAAUCAAGAAGAAGAUGAGGAUGAAGAAGAUAAAGACCAGGAAGAAUAA